GGUUCCCUGGUCCAGGCAGCGCUGACUCAGCCGCCCUCGGUGUCAGCGAACCUGGGAGAUACCGUCCGGAUCACCUGCUCCGGGCUUUACAGCAGCAGCAACUAUGCUGGCUGGUACCAGCAGAAGGUGCCUGGCACUGCCCCUGUCACUGUGAUCUAUCAGAGCAACAAGAGACCCUCGGGCAUCCCUUCGCGAUGAUCUGGAUCCGGCUCCACAGCCACAUUAACCAUCUCUGGGGUGCAAGCCGAGGACGAGGCUGUCUAUUACUGUGGUGGCUACGACAGCAGCAGCACUGCUGUUGUUGUGACAGAGAGGUGGGGACGGUGGGCUGUGCUGCUGGGGCACCGGCUGACCCCCGUCUUCUCCCCUCUCUCCUCUCCCUCUGCAGGUUCCCUGGUCCAGGCAGCGCUGACUCAGCCGCCCUCGGCGUCAGCGAACCUGGGACAAACCAUCCAGAUCACCUGCUCCGGGAUUAGCAGCAGCUAUGGCACCUAUGCUGGCUGGUACCAGCAGAAGGUGCCUGGCACUGCCCCUGUCACUGUGAUCUAUAACAGCAACAACAGACCCUCGGGCAUCCCUUCGCGAUUCUCUGGUUCUCAAUCCGGCUCCACAGCCACAUUAACCAUCUCUGGGGUGCAAGCCGAGGACGAGGCUGUCUAUUACUGUGGUGGCUCUGACGGCAGCUACAGCUAUGGUGUCUGGUGGCAGUGA